UACUCCAACUGGGUCCUCCCGUCCCGCUUGCUCUGCGGCCCUUACCCGGGCCAUGAUGGAGUCAACUUCAGUACUUUCCAGGAAGCGAAGGAGAACAUGGAUAGGAUCCUGUCGGACGGGAUCGACACGUUCAUCUGCCUGCAGGAGGAGGAGGAGGUUGUCAGCAACCGGCCUAGGUAUGCUCCCCUUGCUGGCUCCGACAAAACAUUCGUCCACCUCCCGAUCCCCGACGGCUCAGUUCCAUCCCACCGCAAGUUCAUCGAGCAUCUCACGGGUAUUAUCAACUUCAUCCUUCAUGGUCGCAAGGUCUACUUGCACUGCGCCGGCGGCCAUGGCAGGACAGGCACGUACGUCGCUGCGAUCUUGCAGAUCUUCUACAGGCUGGGAGCCAACGAGUCCCUGUACAUUACACAGUAUCUUCACAACACGAGGAGGCUGGUCGACAAGCGG